UUUCGCCAUCGCAGCAAGUUGUAGUGCUAAAGCAGUUUGUUCCUUCUGGCUUGCCGUAAUUGUUGUCAGGCGAGGGGGCUGUAGAAUCCAAAAUGGCGGCGCCCUUGAAGCUGCUCUGUACUUCAGUCUUAAGGCAGACUGUGCGCCCAUUUUCAUCUACAUGUGCGGUUCAUGCAGGGAAGAAAUGGAGACUGGAGAACGGCUUGGCCUGGACUGGAUCAGAGUACGGUCCAUUAACAGAUCUGCCUGACUGGUCAUACACAGAUGGCAGACCUGCACCUCCUCUGAAAGGACAAGUCAGGAGGCAGAAGCAGAGGGAGGACUUUGCAAAGAGAGCAGUGAACCUGAGUGCAGAGGUGGACCAGGCGAUAAGGACAUGGAGGUCAGAAAAGGAGGAGCAGCAGAGAGCAAGAGAGCAGCUAAAAUCCUCUAUGCUUAAACCUAAAGGAAAAAUGUUAUUAAAGAAUAAAACCAAAUAAACAACUGAAA